AUGGCCCCCCGCAUCCCGCCCACGCGGCUGGCCCUGCACCACUUCGACAUGAACUACAGCCUGCAGCUGAAGGACCUGUGGCCCUCUGUCCGCGCCAGUCUGCUCUGCGAGCAGAAGUACGGUGCCCUCAUCAACAACUUCUCUCCUGUCGACCACGUCACCCAAGAGCUGGAGCUGCUGAAUGCUACCGAUUUUGUUUCCGAAGUCCCCAAAAAGGCACAGCGAUUGCAGCGGGGUGCAGCUGCGGAGGAAGUGGGGAGAGAGGAAGGCAGGUCUGGUGAGGGCAGAACAGUGAUGCAGGCAGAGAUGAUGACGCAGGCAGAGACAUCACCACCGCUUCGUGCCUCCAUCAGCCCCAACAUCAAGUGUUACACCUUCCCCAGGGGUGAUAUCACACGCUUUCGCCCUGCACGGCCAGACACUCUGGGUCUCCUCAACUAUUAUCUCAUGGACGCAGCAUCUCUCCUGCCUGUCCUGGCACUCAACGUGCAGCCGGAUGAGUUUGUCCUUGACCUCUGUGCGGCUCCAGGUGGGAAGACUCUGGCUCUGCUGCAGACCGGGGUUUGCGGGCACCUGGCAGCCAAUGAUGUCUCUAUUUCCCGGACAAAGAGGCUGUACCAGAUUCUCCAUAGCUACGUUCCCAAAGAAAUCAGGGAAAUUGUGAGCGUCACGUCCUGCGACGGAAGGGACUGGGGUCAGCUGGAAGGUGGCACUUUCCAUAAGGUCCUGGUGGAUGUGCCCUGCACGACGGACAGGCAUUCUGUCAUGGAGCAGGAGAACAACAUCUUCCACAAGAGAAGAACCAAGGAGCGUCAGAUGUUGCCAAUGCUGCAGCUGCAGCUGCUGAUGGCUGGGAUCCUCGCUACCAAGCCGGGAGGAGAGGUGGUGUAUUCUACGUGCUCCCUCUCCCCGCUGCAGAAUGAGUAUGUGAUCGAGAGAGCGGUAGAAAUUGCAGAAAUCCAGUUUAACAUCAGUAUCCAUGUUGAGGACUUGAGCCACUUUCGGACGCUCUUCCAGGACACAUUUUCCUUCUUCUCAGAUUGCCGGCUGGGGGAGCUUGUCCUGCCUCACCUCACAGCCAACUUUGGACCUAUGUAUUUCUGCAAAUUACGUCGGAUGUAGAAGCGGUGACAGACUGUG